UUUGCCUCUUCCGAGAAGGAACUUUAUCAUGUGUGCAAGUUGAUUUUGCGCGUUAGGAUGAACGAUGCUAGGCUUUCCCGCCGCCCUAUCCUCCGCCGGCGGGAUUCGUCUGUCCGUCUCCGGGCUAACGAAACGAUGCCCUAAGACGAUGUCGUUCUCUCGUCACUAUCUCCCAUCGUCGACAUGUUUCUCCACUCUCUCUUCUCCAGGCGAUUCCUCCGCUGCCAAGCCGUGGCUCCUGGCCGGCCUCGGAAACCCAGGAAAAAUUUACCAGGGGACACGACACAAUGUGGGUUUUGACAUGAUAGAUACAAUAGCUGAAGCUGAAGGGAUUUCAGUGGCCAAAAUACACUGUAAAGCAUUACUGGGCAAAGGUUGCAUUGGAGAUGUUCCUGUCAUACUGGCUAAACCACAAACUUUUAUGAAUUUAAGUGGCGAGUCUGUUGGAUUACUUGUUUCAUAUUUCAAAAUUCCACUGAAUCAAGUACUCCUGAUGUACGAUGAUCUAGAUUUACCUUUUGCAAAGUUGAGGCUAUUACCAAAAGGUGGGCAUGGAGGACAGAAUGGGAUGAGAAGUGUGAUUAACCAUCUAAAAGGAAGCCGGAACUUUCCACGUUUAAGAAUAGGCAUUGGAAGGCCACCGGGAAGGAUGGACCCUGCUGUUUUUGUUCUAAAACCCUUCACCAAGAAGGAAAGAGAAGAGAUGGAUUUCACUCUUCAAAGAGGAGUAGAAGCUGUGAGGAUUUUAUUGCUCCAUGGUUUCAAUAGAAGUGCUUCUUUUGUUAAUGCUCCACAGCCAUCAGAACUCCUGAACUAACUAUUUUUUUCUUUGUUCCUUUUUAUUAAGGCCAUCAACUCUUUUUUUUUUUUUUUUGGUGUG